AUGGAUCCUAACUUGCAUGAUGUUCGUCAUACAGUUAAAGAAGCAAUGGACACCCUAUGUUCUUCCAGAGAUAGUGCCCAGAUCCAGAAGACUUUGUGGACAAUCGGGAGGUAUCUGGAUCAAUCUGAAAAUCCACCCUCCAUAAAACAGAAGGAAGAAUUUACCAGCCAUCAUUUUACUGCCUUUGUUCAGUGUCUGCUCAGCAACCUGAGUCCUGAUUGGCCGGAACAAUUUCCAUCAGAGGAAGCCAAAGAACUGUGGGCUAGCUUUUUCAUGGAUGGACCAGCAGAUCAAUCUUUUAUGGUUCUACUAGAUGCUAUAAUUUCUGCAGACAGGCCGAGUUUUCGUCUGAAUAAAGCAGUUGAUACCCUGGAGCAAUUCUUACAGAAAUCGAGACUCUCUGCUUUAAUAUGGGAAAUCUGCAAGCAAUACACAGAAACUGGUUCCCCAGUUCUGCGCGAAACGAUUCUCAACAAAGUUGUAUGUUUACCUGAUCACUUAGGAAACAAACUCCAGGGAGACAACCGACCAGUCUUCUACCCUCAAAAUUAUUUUCCAUUGCUUGGCAUGGAAAUUGUCCAGGUGAUGGAAAGAAUUUCUGGUUCACUACGAGAUGGCUUGGAUUGUUCCAUCUCCUUUGUAUCUCAAAUGCUGGGAAAGGUCUGUGUGCAUGGAAGACAAAAAGAAAUCUUGAGCGUGUUGGUGCCUCACCUAACCGGUCGUACUCAGUCUGAUUGCAUCUGGCAGAGAAUCUGUUGGCGACUAUUUGAGAGCGUGCCGGAUCGCUGGAUGGAAGCAGUAGUCUGUGGCUUGGUCCAGGCAGUCCCAGGGCCGGCUGUGUUGUCGCGAUUGCUGGGGAAUUUGGUGGUGAAAAACAAGAAGGCCCAGUUUGUGAUUACACAAAAGAUGUUGCUGCUUCAGUACAGCUUUCCGACCAAGGUGCUGCAGACUCUCCUCGGCUACCUUGCCCUGGACACCACACGGCGUUCCUUACUGACCAAAAUCCUGAGAGAACUGCUGGAGACCUGGAGCAGCAGCAGCGCCGUGAAACACUCCCCAGCCGAGCAGCAGCUGUACAUUAGCAAGGCCAUCGUCCUCUGUCUCGCUCACCUGAAAGAAGAAGAAAUCUCAGCCAACCGACAAGAGCUACUAACCAGCCUGAUGGAGGGAAUGAAGUGCCACCUGGACAGUAAUUUGCCCCGGAUCCGUCGGAUGGGCAUGGCCGUAGCAGAAGGGGUCAGCGCCCGGAUAACGCCGGAAGGGCCCGCCUUGGUGUUUCAGUAUGAAGAAGACGAUGAGAUUAAAGAACUGAAAUCCUUGCUGACUCAGAGACUGGAAGAGACGUCGGACACUGAGCCCCCCAACCCUGGGGACAGCAGACCCAACAGGACAGCCAGCACAGAUCUACAUUCCAGUGUGACCCCACCAGACUUGGAUACAUCUGAAGACCCAGAAAAGGGAGUUGAUUCCGAACUGGAUAGCGAUGACGACCUGGUCCCUUAUGACAUGUCACAGGAUCAAGAGCUGAAGAAAACAAGAGCCCCCACCUACAUCAGGGACUGUUUUGAAAUUCUGACCGGACCCGAAGAUGCGGAAAAAUACGAAGCCGCCGUGGGUGUUCUGGAAACUCUGAUCCGGAGGGACACAGCCACCGCACAAGAGAUGAGUGUGGAACUGGCAAAAGUCUUGCUCCACUUGGAGGAGAAGAGCUACAUUGAAGGGUUCGUAGGACUUCGACAAGGUGCCUUGGUGGCUGUGACUGUCGCAGACCCCAUCCGAGUGGCCAAUUAUCUAACGUCAGAAUUCUACUCCCUGAAUUACAGUCUACGUCAACGUAUGGACAUCCUGGAUGUGCUGGCUGUGUCUGCCCAGGAACUGUCUCGGCCAGCUUCAUCUCCCUCAAAGCCAAAUGCCAGUCGUCCCAGUAUCCAAAUCAUCUCUCAUGACGCUUCUUCUCCAGACUGGAAGAAAGUGGUGGAUGAGAGGAUCAGAAGCAAGACUCGGAGAUUUGCAAAGGGUCGGUCCCAAGCAGAACAAUUGGGCACCCCUAACCAGUUUACUCCAGUUGCUGGCCAUUUCUUCUUCCCACUUCUUCGGAACUUUGACAGGCCUCUGACCACCUUUGACCUUUUGGGGGACGAUCACCUGGUGCUAGGUCGACUGGUGCACACGCUGGCGAUUCUCAUGUAUUUUGCUGUCAAUGCUGCGGUGAGAAGAAUGGAGAGCUUCCCUCGUGGGCUUUGA